AUGUAUCAACAAGACUACGAACGCAAAAUGUUUUCCUUGCUGGAGGACAAUACGUACAAGGUGGAAACCAGGGAUUCAACAACAGGAAUACAGAAAAGCACGAACGCUCUGGUCGAGCGACUCUACAAUCUCCAGCUGAUCGACACACGAAUAAAAUACCGUCUACCUACAGUCUACCACAGCCUGGUGCCAAAUGUUACUGCACCCACCUACCCGCUGUCGAAGUUUUUGACUAAUGUCCUCCAAAGAUCCACCCACAGUGAGUACAACAUCAAAGACAAUUUCGAGAUCGCGGAAUACAUACGCAACAUAACGCUACGAAGAGAAGACAAGUUCUACAUCCAGCUGUUCGGCACAGCGAUGGGCAGCCCUCUGUCACCCGUCCUAGCGGAUAUAGUGAUGAAUACCCUACUCGACAACACGAGAAGGCAGAUUCCAUUUGAAAUGCCUGUCCUCAAAAAGUUUGUUGACGAUCUGAUUCUAGUGCUACCUGUAGACCAGGUCGACCUGUUCAACAUCUACAAGCCACAUAUCCAGUUUACCAAAGAAGAAAAAAUUGAUGGGAAGCUCCCAUUCUUGGAUAUGAUCGUUACUCGAAACCCUGAUCAAAUACUGUCCACUCAAUGCAUGAAAAGCAACGUCACGGAAAACCUAAUAUAUAGAGUCAAUCGCCUAUCCAACAACCAAAAACUUCAACAACAGAAUCAGACAGUCUUCAAAAUACUUCGAAUGAACGAUUAUCCGGCAAAGCUCAUCAAGAGGCUGACCAGUAAGAUGACAGUCUCUCACUCGCAUCACAACGAAGUUGUCACGGUCGAAAAUCCACCAGAAACCAGCCAAUCCGUGAACCUGAACACGAACAACAACAAUGAUCGCGGGACGUCCACCGAAAACAUCCUGUAUCGCUCGCUGCCUUAUGUUCCUGUCUUCUCAUCCCACACCACGGUGAAGAUUAUCGGCAACAACAAAGAUCCAGUGGAACCGCCGCUACAGUCAAACGUCGUAUGUAUAUCGAAUACCAUGCAACGACUGUCCAACGGUAUAUGUACAUCGGUAUGA